CACAGUCUGUGGUUCACACAUGGAGCUGUGUACAACAGUUUGAGUUGAUAAAUCGCAAUUAUGACCAUUGUUAACUUUUCUUUGGAAGAUGCUGAUGCAGUUCUGAAGUCUGUUGUUUUAGAGGAUCAGUUUUCAUCUGGCGUCAAAGACACGCUAAGGAGUUUCUUGCAGAAGCUCACAGAAAAUGGCAGGAGCACAGGCAAACGGAGCAGAGACCGCUCGCUCGAGGAGGCUUCACAGAUCCUGCAGAAGAUCCCAAAAGAAGCACUUCAUUCCUUACAACCUCCUGCUCUUCAUCGACUGGUUCAGCUUAUUCUGGCCUUACAGUUAGAAGCAGUGAGCACUUCAUCUGCCUGCCGCAAAUUAGACCAAAUGCUUCAGCUCUUGGCUGAAAUAAACCACUCCAUUGUCAUUGAGGAAGUUAAACAGUGUCUGCUGAACAUUUUGCACCAAAAACAGAUGUUUUCAUUAAAAGAUCUUCAGAUAAGCUGUAUGUUCUUGGAGGACAGCACAAUGGGACGAGAAGUUCUGAAGUCUGAAUGCACCACCCUGCUUGGUAAAAUUGCUGAGCUGAUUCCUGUUGUUAUGUCAGAUGAAGCAGCCAGAAAUGGACCCUUGUGCUACCAUAUGGUUAAGGUUUGUUUGCAAGUGUUCCAGCUGCUGCCAGGACAAGUGGCCCUGUUGGUCUACAGUAAAGACAGUGUAAAUAUGACUAUGAAGGGUAUUCUGGACUUCCUGAUGAGGAUUGUCUUGGGAGAGGUUUCCAGCAGAGAUACACGGCUGUUGGCAGGCACUGCUGUUGCAAUGCUGCUCACCACUGCGACAGACAGUCAGUGUGCUGGAUCAGCUGCCUGGAGUCUGCUGCAAAUCACUAAAACAGAGCCGUGGCUGCUGACAGUAGGUGAACUGCAGGUAAACUGCAGCUCCAGAUGUCAGGACGGGGUGGACAGAUUGGCUGUGUGCAGGGGCUUGUUAACAUGCUGCAAAAAUGACGUUCUUGUCAGUCGCCACAGCAACCAGAAGACUUGCUUUCUGCUCCAUGGGUUGCUCCCCUUUAUCUCCGCCCUUUGUGAAGUAAAGCUGGACUGUCAUUACUAUGUUUUUCAAGUGUUUACGAUUUGGCUGAAGAGGCUGAAAGAGUGUCUCAGUGAGGUUUGGGAAGUUAUCGGAGCUCCUUUAGAUUUAGACCUCCAACACCAUCUAAUGCAAAUCAUUUGGAGGAAUUCAGAGAGCCCGUUGGAUGGUGUUGCAGAGGUGGCACGUAGUGCUUUCUGUCUCUUUAUGGAGAUCUAUGACAAGGAUUGUCUGCACUUUGGGACAGAGAAAUCACUUUAUGUGGAGUUACUGAAGAGGAUUUCAGAGUUGCCUUGGGAGUCAAAAGCCAAGUAUUUACCACUCACUGCAGUUUUACCAUACACCGGAACAAACAAGGUUUUGCAACUGUAUCCAGCCCUUCCCUCUCACCUCCUUAAAUGCCUCUCCACCAAUCACCUCUCUCCAUGUGCCUCAGAAGUCUACAAGUCCCUUCUCCAGGAACAGAAACGUGAAUUUAUUACAAGUGCAUCCAAAGAAGCCCCGCCCACCGACCAAUACUUAGCUAAUCAAUGGGCUCACCAAUGGCAACCAGUCAUCCUGGAGGCUUUGACUUCAGAAAUAACACUACUUCAAAACAAUGCCUCUAGUCAUCUCCUGCCAACAACUCUACGCACAUUUCCUGGUGCCUUCAACACUCUUUUGUCAGCUCUGAACCCCUCGGCUCCUGGUCACCUUCAUGCAUGGGCCUGUGUCAUGAGUGCACAGCGGGCCACAAGUGGACGUUCACUCUGGGGUGCAGAAAGUUCCCUUUCUCUCCAGACUCUACAUCUCGCCCUGUGCUCUCUGGAUGACAGUGUCCGACUAGCAGCUUUCAACCUCCUCUGCUGCAGUCCAAAGACUAAAGAAGCCCCAUCACAGCUGGAGUAUUCAGCUCUCAGAGACUUCAUCCCGCUCAAUCUUAACUGCGAAUCAUCUCCGUUUCGCCAGCACCUGCAGGCGGCACUUAGGAAAUUCCUGGUCAGAAUAAGAGACAGUUGCAUGGCAAAUAUCAAGGGGCGUAAUAGUAAAAAAGGGCUGACAGAGGAAGAGGAGGCAGAGCUUAAGCAAGGAGUCGAGUUUGUUAAGUGGCUCUUCCAGCUUUCCUUGGUUUAUUUGAGUCCUGACAGCAGUUACCAGAGGAAGAAGACUGUUCUGCUCCUGCUGUGUGCAGUGCUGGAAACAUGCACAGACACCUGGAGUCCUGAUAGAAAGAAGGGCCAACCACCUGCCAAUAUAUCUACUCUUAUAAACUGGGCUAAAGACAGAGGAAAGUGGGAUUUCUUCUCAAAGUCAACGCUGUUAGUCCUGAUUGGCUGUUUGGAGGAUUCAACCAAUGAGAUUCGUGAGUUGUCUGCAGAGCUGCUUUUCCGAUUUUUCCCCUCAUCUCUCCCCGAUGAUGUCACAUGUGUGGUGUUCAGCCGAGCAGAUCAGCUUCUGCAGAGCCCACGGGUGCAGGAGGCUCAGAUGGGGGCACUGAUGGUCAAACUACUGCUGCAGAAGGCAGAUGGAGUAUUUAACCAGGGGGAGAAGCAGUCAGUGAAGCUGAUUACAUUUCUUCUGUCCAAAUUGGAGCAGCAUUAUCUCACUGCCAGGAGUGACAUGUUGCUUGCGGCUCGCACAACACCUGUACAUGGCAUUGUAAGUGCUCUGCAGAGGGGUCUGUUGGAGGUGCCAGGGGUCUUACUGGAGUCAAUAACCCACAGUGUUGCAGGAGAGCUUGUGUUUUUAUUAGAAAAGCUCACUCUGCUUCUGCUAGGUGUGCUUUAUGGCAACCAGGACACUGAGGAGAAAGAUGUUCCUCCUUCGUUCUGUGACAUGGGGAAUGCGAUCAGCUCUCUGAUUGGUCAGGGUGGAGUCGAGGUGGGGCUUGAUUGGGAUGGUGAGGAGAAUGUGCUGCUGUCUGAGGAACACAGUCUGGUUCUGACCUGCUGCUGGGUCUCCUUGAAGGAAAUUGGUACUUUUCUGGGCUCUCUGGUGGAGAGAAUCCAAUCACUUCACUGUGAGGAGCUGAGACUGGAUGUGGAGGAGCUCAGGACGGCUUCCAAAGUCUUUAAAGACAUCAUUCUGAAAUGUAGACACUGGGGGGCAGUGGAGGGCUGCUGUGUGGGCUUCACCAAGUUCUGCAGGGCUCUGUUGAGCAGCUCUGAUCCAGACAUCCGGCAGAUCCCUUCACUUAUGCUACAACAGGGCCUUUCUGUUCUCCAGUCUCCCCGCAGUACAUCGGUUACACGACGUGCCGCUGGUUUACCCAUGCUGAUUUUGGGUGUCUUAGCUGCUGAAGACUCCAGCAAAUCUCGCCCUUUGUUGGCCCACACCAUAAACACCCUACUGGACACAGCCAAAGCUCCUCUGCCCUCAGACUGGGACCAAACUCUCGACUUACCACAGGUGUGUGCUGUUCACACUCUUCAGGCACUGGUGAAGGGCUCCAGUCUGGGUGUAGCUGUUCUUCAGUUCACCUCUGCAAUGGCUGUUCUGUCGCUUACCUUACUCCGCUCGGCAUGCUGGGCCAUGAGGAACGCAGCCCUGCAGCUCUACAGCUCUCUCUGCACAAGGAUGUUGGGUCAACAGCCGGCUGGUGAAGGUUCCAGUCAUUCUGGCAUGUCUGCUGCUUCCUUUUUUAACCUCUAUCCAGCCCUACAGUGCUUCCUCCAGGGGGCGCUGGAAACUGCAGCUAAUGACCUCCAUGAUGCCACGCUCCUUCUACAUCCGGCCCUCUACCCUGUGCUCACUCUGCUUUCCAAGUUACAGCCUGGUGCUGAGGAACAAACACGUGCUCUUUCAGAAUUCCUGCCUCCGCUUUUCCUCCUCUCUGCCAGCCCGGUCUAUGGCGUACGAGUGAUGUCAUCAAGAGCCUUAGUUGCUAUGAUACCACCCAGUGAAUAUCUGGCAACCGUCAUGCAGUUAGUGGAGGAUCUGCCGGAAUCACCAGACGUUGUGAGCUGCCACAACAGACUGCAUGGAAAACUCCUGCAGAUACGAGCUGUACUGACCCGGGUUCUCAGAUCAAGCGUCAGUUUGUUAUCUCUCAGUGCGGUUGUGGAUGUGUUUGAGUCAAGACUGUGGUUGGCAUCUUCAAAGCAACAGUGCCCACUGGUCCGGCAGGCAUAUGUUGAUAUAGUGAGGCUGAUACGAGGCCACUGCUCCUCUGCUUUCCUCAGCCAGCUUUCCUCUCAGCUGCUUCAGGAGAUUCAAAGGACUCCAGACCUACUAGAGGUUGGCUCUGCUUCAUUCCACCAAAGCACAGUGAAUUUCCUGUGUGGGGAUCCUGAGUGGGCGUGUCAGGCGUGGAGGUGUCUGGCCAAUGGCAGUUCAGUUGUGCAGCUCUCAUUGGUCAAGUCUGUGAUAGAUGGGCGUGGCUGGAGAGGAACAGACCUACAGCAGGUUAUUGAGAGAGAACUCAAGGCCAACCUGAAGGCGGCGCUGUUGAGCCAGAGUGUGGAAUACAGGGCUGCGUUUUUGACUGCAUUAGUUGAGGUUUUGACCCCAGAGGAAGAGAGUCUUGGCCUAUCCAGUCUCUGUCCUCCAGAGUUUGAGCAGACGGGGCUGCAGGAAUGUGUGGAGCUUCUGUUGACUGAUCUGGAGACAGACAGAGGAGGACCUGCGCUGAUCUCAACCGCUCUGUGCGCCGUCAGUCUGCUGCUCUUCCAGAGUGCGGACAGGUCUUUUCUCCAGCGCUGGUGUAAGUUAUUAGAGAAGCACAGAUGUCCCGAUGCUCCCGAGGCCCUCAGAUCAGCCUGUGCUCAGUCUCUGUGUCGGUGCGGUGUGUCUGUGGUGACCAGGAGCCUGACCAGUAGCCACAUACCAAAACCCUUCAGUACCAGCUUGAUCAGCACAGGCCUCUACCUGCUUCAGGAUGAGAGUCCAGAUGUGAGAGCGAAGGCAGCCAUCUUUGCCUCUCUCCUCUGCUGUUCCCGACAGCCUGAAGCUCCCCAGAGGUGCUUCCACAUGCAGGCGAACCAGGCUCUGCGCUCACUCCUGGACCUGCUCUUGGAAGAAUUCUGGGAUAUCAGUGGUGCUUUGGAGGCCUUAUUGUGUCAUUUACCUCAUUGUGAUCUGAAUAUAGUACUAAAGGAAGCCAAAGAGAAACAAUGUCGGAGCCUUUAUGAGCCAGAUGAAGCAAAUGUGUUUGCAGAGCCAUCUGUGAUCUCAGAGUGUCUGUUGCCGUACCUUUUGCGUCUAGUUAAACAUUACCCACAAUCUUCCACCCUCGCAGAGAACCUUGAGCGUUGGGCCCAAAACAGUGCAGCCACUGUCAAAGAGAAUCUCACAACUUGUAUGCAACUUCAAUUAGGCGAUGUCCUGAAUCCUGAUUGGCUGAGUUUGCUAAUAGAACCCCAUUUCUAUGGUGCUCUUGCUGGCCUGUUCACCAGGGCGAUUGUCCUGCUCCAGAUGUUAAACGACUGUGACUCCAUUCGACCUCUGCUUGACCCUUUGAGUUUAUCUUCAGACCUUCAGGAUAUUCACAAGCGGUUUGUCCUAAAUGGAGUCUUUCUUCCUCAGGUCUUCAUUGAUGCACUAAGGACAGAUUAAUCUAGUGCCGACACAGAUCAGGGUUGCUUAAUUGCGGAUCCAAGCUUAAUUAAACACAUAAAAACUCCACUAUUGAUCGGGAAAAGCUGGCUGUUCAUGGCCAAUUGUGCGAAAGAAGAAUAACAGGCUUUGUGUUGUUGUGUAACACGAGAGACAAUAAAGAAAACCUUUGCUAGUCAUGCAUCAAACACCAACUGCAGAUAAUGGUCCAUGACAGCAGCUCAGCAAGAGUGUCUAAAUCUGACACAGCUGAAAGACACCAUUGUUUCUGGAUGACUGCUGAUUUCUGAAAUGGAGCACACUGCAGACGGGAACAAACAGACUAUGAGAGAGUGUGUUUGCGCAUGUUCAUGUGCGUGUGUUCAACUGUGCCCACGCAACACCCUGAGGAGGGUAUAGAUAUUUUGCUCACACUUUACAAUGAGAUUCUAUUAGUUAAUGUUAGGUAAUGUGUUUACUGAUAUGAACUAAGAAUGAACAAUACAUCUACUGCAUUUAUUAGUCAUUUGUUUACGUUUGUGUUGGUGAGUUAAGAACUAACAGUAUAUGACUUUAUUUCACUCUAAAAUGAAUAUGUACUCACUAUUUACUAAGCUUCAAGUGGUUCCAAACCUUUUUGAAGGUUUUUUUUUUGGUUGAACACAAAAGUAGAUAUUUUGAAGUAAGCUGAAAACCCGUGACCAUUAAUUUCAACAGUAGGAAAACAAAUACUAUGGAAGUCAAUGAUUACAGGUUUUCAACUAUCUUCAAAAUAUUGUCCUAUAUUGUGUUUUAACAAACGAAAGAAACUUAAACAGGUUUGGAACAAACUAUGGGUAAGUAUGACAGAAUUUUCAUUUUUGGGUGAACUAUCCCUUUAACUAACAUCAACAAAUAUGAAUAAAUAGUGUGAUAAAUGUAAUGGAACCUUAUUUAAAAGUGAUAUACGUUUUUUAUUAAAACUAAUGUCAUUUUCGCUUGUAUUAUGAUGCAUUUAUAUAUUUAAUAAAUACAUUUCUACCGGCUAACCCUGAUCUGUGAUCCAAAAGUAUAGGAUUAGUCUUGUAUAUCCAAUUGACUUCAUCUUGACUGAUGUAAGUUUUUCUUCUGAAUAAACUCAGCCAAGGUGGCUGAUUUCCAUUUAA